AUGCCCCCAGAAUAUUCUGACGACCCAUUAAACGACAAGCGGAGCCUUGACGCGCACUCCGGACCGGACGUGGAAGCAGACUUGGCCGACGACGACUCGGACGUGUUUAUCUAUCCAGGCGCAGAGCCUGCUGCCACGAACGACGAGGACGAGGAGAGCGACGAAGAGUUCCAUUAUCCCGGCGCAGAUGAGCCCGCCGUCCCCGCCCCCGUGCCGAGUGCACCAGAGCCCGAGACCACCGCGCAGGCCAUCCCAGCUGCCCCGCGCGAGCCUUCGCCAGUCGUGUCUCCCCUCAACGCACCCUAUGCUACAGACGACACUGCAUCCGCCGCCACGGCUACUCCCGAAGAGCCACCCGUGCGGUCGCGUGCGCCAGAACCUACCCGAGCCCAGCUCGAGUCCUUGUACGCUGGUGCCUCGGCGGGCGACCUGGAGGGCUUCCAAAAGCUCGUGAACGACGUCGCAAAGGCUAGCGAGUGCGAGCCUUUUGCGCUCGUCAACGACGCGACCAGCCGAACGGGACUUACGCCGCUACAUGCCGCUGCCAGUAGAGGUCAUCUGGAUAUCGUCAAAUGGCUUAUCGAGGGAUGUGGAGCAAUACCUGACUUGGAGGAUAAAGAGGGAGAGACUGCAGUGCACAAAGCGUCUCUUCAAGGUCAUAUUGAGAUCAUCAAGUACCUCCUCCCUACAAAAUCCGAAGUGCACGCAAAGGAUGCCGACGGUUGGACGGCAUUACACAACGCUUGCUCCAAGGGUUAUCUUGAUAUCGUACGAUGGCUAUGCGAGAACGGCGGGGCUGCGAAGCCUGUCGAUGGUGUCCCGGGUGUUGAUGUCCGGAGUAAUGGCGGAUGGACACCUUUGAUGAAUGCUGCAUCAAAGGGCCACUUGCCGGUUGUUCUGUAUCUGCUCACAAAGCAGUCGGCGGACCCGCUGGUUCGCAAUAACUGGGGCGAGACGGCCUACGACGCAGCUGCGGCUGUUUUCGAAGUGUGGAUCUGCGAGGUGCUUGCGCGCUUCGAGGCUGAGAAAUGGCGCGGGUCGACGGCGUCUUACGAUCCUCUCUCGGUUCAUACGACUGUACCGCUCAUUCUAUACGAGAACCAACGCCUUGACAUGCGGAUCAAGACGCUUGCCGUCUCUGGUGGUCGUCCGCGAUUCACCGCCUCCGGACUCGGGCGACACGGGCGCCGUCCACCAUUUGAGCUGAAGCUCUUGGUACCCGACGAACGCACAGGUGACAAGACUGUCGGCGCGUGGAGAAGCGAUGUCCAGCUACCACUCCGUGAAGACCCACUCAAGUUGCCUGUGCCCGGCUCGAGAAACACUGUACCCGAGGGUGCAGAGCGUAGUCAUUUCUGGCUAUCCGACUGGACUUUGGAUGUCACGCAUCCCGGCGUGGACGCAGAGAGUGGUUGGCAAUUCGCAACAAGCUUCGAUGACCCAGACGAUCAAUGGACGCCCGAACCUCCAGCCCAGCUCGAACGGCUCUUGCACGGUACCUCCGUAAUGCCAGGCUUGAGCCCCUCUUCUAGCUCGCGUCGGUCGAGCGCAGGUACCUCCAGCUCGCAGAACUGGGUUCGCCGACGUCGCUGGGUACGCGUUAUGCGUCGUCGACUCGAUAUCCCGCCUUUGCCAUAUCUCGGUCCGGACGGUGGAUUGUACCACUGGUUGCCUGACGGCGCGAUGGUACCCUUUGAGGAUACCAUUAACGAAUACCAGUUCGAGCAUGAAGGCGAUGAUGAGGGCCAGGAGCUCGGUGCUAUGCCCCCCAACCCGCUCGCAGCUGCGCAGGACUAUGUUGCGCGCGCGAGGUAUCUGGCAGGCGAGCAGGAUGAGACAGAGGCAGGGCCGGCGUCGGCCGUUGAAGCGCGCAGGGCGAUCGCGAAGCUCGAAAGAGCCACAACAGAGCUGAGGCAGGGUAUCAUAGGUGACUAUGAUCCUGAACGUAAGACGCAUGCGGAGGUUCUGCUCAACGCGUAUGGGCGCGAACUCGAACGACGCAGAUCGGCAGCGCAGCAGCAAGGCUUGCUCCUGAAUAGCGAUGCCCUGAGCGAGUUUGAAGAUGACGACGACGACGAUUCCUCCUUCCACUACCCCGGUGCAUCACCCGUAGAGACGACCUUCCGCGACGCACGCUCCGUCGCCGGUCGAUCAUACGCCGGCACAGACUACUUCGGGCGCGCAGCGUCGUCGCGCGCUCCCACAGAUCUGACGCCACACCUCGCACAAGCGCCCGAAUUCCGCGUGCCUACGCACGAGGCACCGCAAAAGGUCGUGACGCCAAUGUUCUCGCCUCCUACGCCGCAUGAUAUGAAUGCGAGAUGGGAGAGGGAUCACCAGGUCUCGACAUGUAGAGACUGUCAGAGGCGGUUUACAUUCAUCCUGCGAAGACACCAUUGUCGCAGAUGCGGUCGUAUAUUCUGUGACCGUUGCUCUUCUUACCGGUCAUUACUCGAUCCAUCGGACAUUGUGCACGACCCCGCAACUGGCGAAAGCUCUACUGCGUCGACGUCGAUGCAGCGCGUGUGUCAGUCAUGCUACGAGGCCGUGAACAUGACAGUUCCGAGCCCACUGCAGGGUAGCCGCGUCGCAUCGAUGGAACGGAUCUUUAUCGAGUCGGGCAGGCUCUCUGUUCCGAGAGUGGCGAGGCAGUCGAGCUCGCAGCUGAGCGACUUGAAUGAAUGCCCCGUGUGUAGCCGAAACUUGAGCGAGCUCGGUACGGCGUCCGAACAGGAGGCUCAUGUACGUUCGUGUCUCGAGGGCGACACGAGCAAGAGCCCGCAAGUCGCGCGGUACCUUGUCUACAAGCUUCCAGCCGAGAGCGCCCUCAUUGGCAUCGAGUGCGUUAUCUGUCUCGAAGAGUUUGUUGUUGGUUCUACGGUUGCCCGCCUCAGCUGUCUAUGCAGCUUCCACAAUAAUUGCCUGUCCUCUUGGUUACAACGCGGCAAAAGCUGUCCUGUCCACGCUAGGGAUCCAUAG